AUGUUUGUCAUUUCAAAAAGGUGACAUUACGCGACCGACGGUCGAUUUGACAGCUUAGGAAAUAUUUUUGCUGAAAAAUGGCUGGUGCGCUGGCUAGAAUAAUAAAGGGCGCAAAGCUCCCAAAAGGGAACUUAGCCGUUGUUGGACCUCUGGCGAACAUCAACAAUGCGCCGGUGCGUUCUCAACAGACCCAGGCUCCAACGAAGACUCAUUUCGGUGGAUUACCAGACUGCGACAGGGUCUUUACAAACCUCUACGGCCGACAUGAGUGGCGCUUGAAGGGCGCCCUCAGCCGUGGCGACUGGUACAUGACCAAGGAAAUCCUGUUAAAAGGCACAGAUUGGAUAGUCAAUGAGUUGAAGACAUCAGGUCUCCGGGGACGCGGCGGUGCUGGUUUCCCUACAGGUAUGAAGUGGUCUUUCAUGAACAAGCCCUCUGACGGCCGACCCAAGUACUUGGUGGUGAAUGCUGAUGAGGGAGAGCCUGGAACUUGCAAGGACCGCGACAUCAUGAGACACGAUCCUCACAAGUUGGUUGAAGGCUGCCUGAUCGCUGGAAGGGCUAUGGGAGCUCAGGCUGCAUACAUUUACAUCAGAGGCGAGUUUUACAACGAAGCCAGUAAUUUACAAGUCGCUAUAGCUGAGGCAUACCAAGCCGGGCUCAUAGGCAAGAACGCGUGCGGUUCCGGCUACGACUUCGACGUGUUCGUGCACCGCGGCGCAGGCGCAUACAUUUGCGGAGAGGAGACCGCCCUCAUCGAGUCUAUUGAAGGGAAGCAGGGCAAGCCGCGCCUGAAGCCCCCGUUCCCUGCUGAUAUCGGACUGUUCGGAUGUCCCACUACUGUUAACAAUGUGGAGACUAUCGCUGUUGCUCCGACUAUAUGCCGCCGCGGAGGCUCGUGGUUCGCUUCGUUCGGCCGCCCCCGAAACUCCGGCACCAAAUUGUUCAACAUCUCUGGACAUGUCAAUACUCCUUGUACCGUCGAAGAAGAGAUGAGCAUCCCUCUGAAAGAACUGAUCGAGAGGCACGCGGGAGGUGUCAUCGGAGGCUGGGACAAUCUGUUGGCCAUUAUACCGGGAGGGUCAUCGACCCCGUGCAUUCCUAAAGACGUAUGUUCAACGGUGCUAAUGGACUUCGACGGCCUAGUGGCUGCGCAGACGUCGCUGGGCACGGCCGCCAUCAUCGUGAUGGACAAGUCCACGGACAUCGUGAAGGCGAUCGCUCGCCUCAUCAUGUUCUACAAGCACGAGUCCUGCGGCCAGUGCACGCCGUGCCGCGAGGGCGUCUCCUGGAUGAACAAGAUUAUGUACAGAUUCGUUGAAGGAAAUGCGUCACCCAAGGAAAUCGACAUGCUGUGGGAGAUCUCUAAACAAAUUGAAGGACACACGAUCUGCGCGCUGGGCGACGGCGCGGCGUGGCCGGUGCAGGGCCUCAUCCGCCACUUCCGGCCCGAGCUGGAGCGCCGCAUGGCCGAAUACGCCGCCUGCCACGGGCCCAGCAAGGCCGAGAGGCUCUACUAGGCACACCGAUGCUGCGGCUGAUGCUAAUGUAGUCUUGUUGCAUCGAUAUUUGUCUAAAUAACAGAAAAUACGUAUUAUAAAACGGAUUAAGAAUGAAAUAGUAUUGUGGUGUCGUUUUUUGAAAUGCCUACAAAAUAGUGUUUUUAUCUCUUUGACGUAGUGGUCUAAAAGAUGUGGUCUCUGACUGCCCCUCCUGGAAAGAGGCGUGAUUCACGUAUGCAUUACCUACCUAUUUUUUUUGCAGAUGAUGGAAAAUUUGAAAACAGAAAUAUAUAUAUAUAAGCAAUAUUUGAUCAAAAAAUUUAUCAAAUAUUUCGCAACUGUUAAAUAUCACAAGCAAUAAUUUUGGAAUAUUACACCAACAAAUGUUAAUUGGUAUUGCGUAUUUAAUUGAAAUAGUAAUAAGCGAUAUCUAAUAUCUAACAUGUUCAAUUUAAUAUUUAACCGUCUAUAUCUUAUUUUAUCAAUGUGGAUAAAGCGAUAGAAAUAUACAGGGUUUGUGACAAGUGGAAAGAUGUAGUCUCUGCCUGCCCCUCCGGGAAACAGUUGUGAUUUUAAAAUUAACGUACAUCAUACAACACGUUAUAGGUUCUUGUGGUUGGCUGAAAGAAAUUGUGUAAUGCAAUAAGGCCGCCUUAACAUAAGGAUGAUUCUAUUGUUAUAAUUUCAAGUGCAAUAUUCUAUCUAUAUCUAUAAAUCUCACUCAAAUACGUUUCGUCUCAAGUGCUCCUAUAAAUCUGAGCUAUAAAUACACAUGUUAUAAAGUACAAAUUAAAAAACACAAAUAUUUUGCCUUGCUGAACCAAAUGUUGAGUUCUUUUAAAUUUUUAUAGGUAUUUGUAUUGUUUUUCCUGCUCUUAAAAUUCUCUUGACAAGCAGAACUUGUUAUUUAUCAUUAUGUAUCACCUAAAUGGGCUACAUAGAUACGAAGCCGCAAUAAUUUCACAAUAUUUCCAAAUAUGAUGCAACAAGACUAAUAUUUUUUUUAUAGAACUUGUAAAAUACUUGUAUUUAAAGUAUUUAUGAAUGAGGAGUCAUUAAGGGCGGUGUUAGAAUAGCCGCGUUGUGGUAUUAUUUCUGCUCAUACUUUGGUUAAAUCAAGAAAUUGUAUGUGAUAAUUUUUACUACCUCCAAAAGAUCGGAUUUCUGCGUUCCUACGAAACGUUUUUUUUUAAUAAUCGAGUACUUGUAUGUACUUAAAUAUUAAAUAGCGUACUUCGUUUAAAUACCGUACCUAACUAUCAGUCUCUUGUGUGGUUAAAUUUCCAUCAAAAAUUGAACCCUACGCUUACCUAAUACGAUUCAAUGUUGACGAUGAACAUACCUACAUACUGUCAUAUAAACUUGUAAAUAAAAAAAAAUACCUUUUUGGUUUUAGCGCCCAAGCUAAUAAGGAUAAUUUAUAAAUUAAUGGUAUUUCCUAAUUGUACAGAUAUGAAAUAAAUUUGCAUUUGUUCUGAUAUAAUUACAGCAACAUAACAAUUUUUUUUAUCAUUGAGGAAAGUGAGCAACUUACAGGCAAUUAUCGUCAUCUCGAAAGUCUUCUAACCGACCUUGGGGAAAUUACGAUUAUUUUGUUGUAGAACUGUCAUGAUAUGCAAAAUAAUUUACCGCAAUGUUUUAAGACCACGGAUACGGGUGUUUAUACCGUGUGACUAGAUAAUUUUGUAUAAAAUUAUGAUAGAAAUAAAUGUUAUUAUUAAAUUA